CUCAUCCAGUCUCCAUUCAUUCAUUGCAUUGUUCUCGCCACUCCACAUAUCGCCACUCCUACUUCAUAGCACACUCUAGUGCAUAGUAUCCACUCAUCUUUCCACCCCGCCCGACACACGGCAAUGGACAACAUCACCGCCCUGGCCGCGACGCACGACAUCGUCGCAGCCUCCGAGGCUCGGCGCGCCGAGCUGCUCGAGCUGGCAAUGUCGCACCGCCCCGUUUUGCUGCUAGGCGACAGCGAGGCGUCGUACGAGCUGAUCCAGCAGGCGGUCGACUGCCUCUCCAACCUCGGCGGCGGGCGCGACGUGCUCGUAGUCGUGCCGCUCGGCUCGGCCGAAGACGGCACCGUGACGGGCAGUCGCGCGGUGUGCUCUGGCGCGCUGCACGCCGAUGCGAAGGAGCUGCUCGUCGACAUUGUCGGCGGCGGCGUAGUCUACCUCGGCCCCGAGCUCAUGGCUGCUGCCAACUACCGGCUCGUGGAGAACGGCCUGGUGGCGACACAGACUGCCAUCGCCGCCGAGGCCGUCGCGCUCGGUAACGCGAUGGAUGUGCCCCCCGAGCUGUUUCUCAGAGCUAUCGGCGGCGCAGCUGGCUCGUCGUGGUCGUUCAAGGCACUCGGCCCCCGCAUGCUCAGCGUGUCUGACGCCGGGCCAAAGGGGCAGGCGUUCGACGAGGCUGUCCAGUCUCUGUCCGACGUGCUGGACGUUGCGCGCGAUAGCGGAGUGUACGCGCCGCAGUCGGCGCUCGCGCUGCAGACGUACGUCGCUGCGUCCAACGUCGUCGCACAGCGCGAGAGCUCGGCGCAGGCCGCGCUCCUGUGGAACCAGCCGCGCGGGGCCGGCACAGAGCACAUCAGUGUAACGGUUACCCCGGGGCCAGUGUCCAAGGUCGGCUUUGUGGGCCUCGGCGCGAUGGGGCUCGGCAUGGCGAAUGUCCUGCGAAAGGCCGGGAUUAGGACGGUCGGGCACGACGUCUACCCGCCGUCGAUGGACAAGUUUGCCGCGGACGGCGGAGAGGUCGCGCCGAAUGUGGUUCUGUGUGCCGAGGACGCGGACGUGUUGGUCCUGAUGGUGAUGAGUGCCGAGCAGGCACAUGAGAUUCUGUUUGUGCAGCAGGCGGCUGCUGCCCUCGCGCCGAACGCGACGGUCCUCCUCAUGAUCACGGCCUCGCCGUCGUCCGUUGCAGGACUAACGACGACACUUGCGCGCGUGCGCCCCGACGCGAGGCUCCUCGACGCGCCGGUAUCGGGUGGAUCAACUCGCGCAGCCGACGGCGACCUGACGAUCCUGUGUGCCGGUAUCGACGCGUACGAAGGCGGCAAGGAGGCGCACGCGGGCCCCGCUCUGACGGUGCUCUCGGCGCUGAGCUCGGCCCAAGGCAACACGGACAACCUCGUCUUCGUGCCCGGCGAGGCGGGCAAGGGCGCAGCGCUCAAGGUGCUCAACCAGCACCUUGCUGGCCCCUGCAUCACCGCGUCGGCAGAGUACUUGGCCCUCGCGCGACGCCUCUCCCUCCCACUCCUCCUCACGCGCGACUUGCUGUUGUCUGGCCCGGCGUGGAGCUUCAUCAUGCACCACCGUGGGGCGAACAUGCUCAACGGGCUGCUCCAGCCGCCGACGGCAAUGAUCUCUAUUUGGCCGAAGGACCUGGGCAUCGUGGUGGACGAGGCGAGGAAGCGCGGCAGCGCGGCCCCGAUGGCGAGCCACGCCCACCAACAGUUCAUCCUCGGCAAGGCGAACGGCUGGGGCGCGGACGACGACGCAAGUAUUGUGAGGCUAUGGCGCGCGCAGGGCAUCGACGUGACGGUCGGGGACGACGAGUAG